UAUAUAAAACCCUAAGAAGAAGGGUCUUUGCUUAACAUUCGAAACAGAGUAAACAAAAACAGAGAAACAAAAAAAAAAAAAAAAAACACCACACCAUGGCUGAGUUAGAGAACAUAAACUCAGUACCAAACAUGAUCACCUUCCUCUCUUCUCUCCUUCAACGAGUCGCCGAGUCGAACGAUAUCACCCGACGAUUAGAGCCUCAGAAGGUGUCUGUUUUCCAUGGCCUUACUCGCCCUACAAUCUCUGUUCAAAGUUACUUAGAAAGGAUUUUUAAGUAUGCAAAUUGCAGCCCUUCUUGUUUUGUUGUUGCUUAUGUUUAUCUCGAUCGAUUUACGCAAAGACAGCCAUUGUUGCCUAUUAAUUCUUACAAUGUUCAUCGAUUGUUGAUCACUAGUGUCAUGAUUUCUGCCAAAUUCAUGGAUGACAUGUAUUACAACAAUGCAUAUUAUGCCAAAAUUGGAGGUAUAACCAUCACAGAAAUGAACUUCCUAGAGGUUGAUUUCUUGUUUGGUUUGGGAUUUCAUUUAAAUGUGACACCCAACACAUUUCACACCUACUGUUCUUACCUUCAAAGAGAAAUGUUGCUGCUACAACCCCCUCUUAAUGUUGUUGUAUCCGAUUCUAAUUCGUCGUUAAUCAUGGGUAAAUCAUCUACUAUGAUGAUUCACUCGUGUUUUAACGACGAUGAGCCUACGUCUCAUCAACAACAACAACGACAAUUAGCUGUUUAGCUAAUCCGGGUUUUUACUAAUUAGAACUUAAUUUGUACUUAGCUUGUAGAGAUAAUCUCUGUCUCUUUUUUUUUUCUUUCUCGAUUUAAAAUGGUUAUUGGUGGAAAUGAUGAGCAACAUGAGAAUUUUGCAACAGUUAUAUUUGUUUUUAAGUUUAAUUCUUUCCCUCAAUUUUAAAUUUUUAGGUUACUUUACUUAGAAAAUUUUUGGAUCUGAAAAUUUUAGUAUAUAAUUUAUGUUUUUUCUUUACAAAAAUUGAAGUUCAAAAGGUUUUAAUGUGGUCUCACUUUCUUACCAAAUUGUAUGAAGAUACUUUGUCUUCAUUUCUCAACCAAGCUCAGAUUCUAAACCUUUUUUUAUUUUGGUCCACACUUCAUUUGCUGCUUGUGCUGAAAGGGAGACUUAUCCACAUGUACCCACCACCUUUGCUCCUCUUUGCACCUAGCCCUUAAGCAAAGUAUUCACAUCACUUUUAACAAGCAACCAACCUAACAUAUAUUUUAAAUUUAAUAUAAUUUUUCUCGUAUUUUUUAGUUGUCAUGUUACUGGCUCACAUCACAGAUUAAUAGAUCACACUGUCAAUGUUACAAUUUGUUUCAAACCAAAGUGUGCGGCAUUGGCUAGAAUAUUUUAAUUUUGUAACAUUGAUAUAGAAAUUGGUCAUUAGUCGUCACUAGUUACAUGUUUUGAGAAACUAGCUUUAGAGCACGAACAUCACUUUCUCUUUGUAAAAGUUCGUCAAA